CACUAAAGUCCUCAAGGGUGAGGGUUAUAUCAGCAGCUGUUUGACCUAAGUUAUGUUUGACAGCAGGAAGCGCUUGCACGUGUUUGCCGUUGCUUGGCCACCCCCAUCAACAGGAGCGAUUUUAGAGGUUUUGUCUUGAUUAAACAUGAAGAUUGCUGUACUUGGCGCGACUGGUCAAACCGGACAGCAGCUGGUGAACCAGGCUCUUCAGCAAGGACACUCCGUCACAGCCGUCGUCAGAAACCCGGAAAAACUGACUGUAACACACGAGAACCUCAAGGUGGUUAAGGGAGACAUUUUUUCUGAAGACAGCCUGAAACCGCAUUUCAAAGGCCAGGAUGCUGUGUUGUCCUGUCUUGGCUUUCCAAUCUCAUUUUUUUAUGGAAUCACUGGCUACACCCAGUCUAUGACGGCAGCUUUAAAUGCUAUGCGUGAUGCCAAAGUGAAUCGAAUCAUCACCAUGACCUCAUGGUACACUGACCCUAAUUCAGGCUCCAAUUCUUCCUUUCUCAUCCGCUUCAUGUUGCUUCCCAUGAUUAGAAGCGUUCUGAACAACAUGUAUGAAAUGGAAAACUUUCUUAAGCAGACUGAUGACAUCAACUGGACUGUUGUCCGGCCUCCUGGCCUCAAGAAUACACCAACAACAGCCAAUGAGUUCCUCACACACGAAGGUUAUUAUGUCCCUGAUGAAAAUGGUCUGCCAAUCGGCCAGUCUGUGUCAAGAGGAGAUGUGGCUCGUUUCAUGCUCUCUCUACUCAAUAACAAUGCCUGGAUGAAGAAAGCUGUUGCUAUCAUCACCAAAUGAGUUUGCACUUUGCUUGCUCGACGUAAACUAGAAAAAAAAACUAUUUAUUUCACAAUGAGAUUUUCCCCCUAUUGUUUUACUUUAAUGAAAAAUUAGAAUUUUGUGAAUUCUUUGAAUAUAUUUUCACUGCCUUUGCUCAUAUUUACCAGGGGUGCCAAUAUUAGUGGAGGGCACUGUAUAUCAUGCUUAUUUGAAUUGUAAAAGGUGUUUCUUGAUGCCAAAGAGAGGUUGGCAGAAUUACAAGAAAAUGUAAUUCAUAAAAUCUUGUAGAAAAUGUAUUUGGUGAUGUAAAUUGGAUUAACAUGAAAUUCCAGGGGUAAAAAUAGAGAGCAAAGAAAUGACAAUUGGCUGCAUGCACUCUUGCCUUCUCUAAAAUACUGUAUUGUGAAAUUACAUGUGAAAGGCGCUAUUUUUUAUCAAGGCAACUUUUGUUCUUUUCUAAUCAUUAUUAGUCUAUAAUUUUAGGCAUUUGUGUGUAACAUAAAACAAAUGAAUCCCUGUCUUAAUAUCUUAAAAUUGUUCAAUUCCAGUCUAUUCUAAAAUACCAUUAUAUAAUAAUCAAAAAUGAAAAUUUUUUAAUGUUAUAAAAAUGUUUCAGGUAAAAUUCAUUUCUUUACUUUCUGAAAUAUAUACUCCUGUCUAAACCUGUUUUUUGCAUAUACAUUAGGUUUAUUGUUACUGUAUUUUUUAUAAUUUGUUUCACUUUAUUUUUUGCUUUUUAUGUUCAUUGAUAUAUUCAAUUUCCCUUGUUUUUAUACAGACCUACAGAUUUUACACUUCAAAUAGAUUUUAUACAGCUAUACACAAUAAUUUAGUCAUUUAGCAUAUAGUCAUAAGUGAUUUAAUACCUUUGCUUAAUGUAUGAAAAUGUUGCUCUGAAUUAGACUAAAUAAACACUAACUA